UUUACGUUAUAAACAGACUAUAAAAUGAAGUUUCCAUCGAUUCUUUUGGCGACACUUUUAUUCAAACUAAUCACAGCGCGCUUCACACCACUCGGAAUUGACGAGUUUUACAUUAAACCAUGUGAAAGGAAAAUUGUUUACACCACAGACAAACAUGACAAAUGUCUUAUGCGAAGGCUUGAAAUCGAAAUGGACACGGGCGAAAAUAAAGGCUACGUCAAGUGCGUUUUCAAGGAAUUUGGAUACCUGAAUGGCGAAGGACAGUUCAACAAACAAGCCCUCCUGAAAGACUACCACGAGGCAGGGUUUAAAAACAAAGACAAAGCGGUGCUCGAAUCGUACGACGGUUGUAUGAAGAAUUAUGGUCCUACACCGAAUGCGAUGAAAAUUCUGGACUGUGUAACCAAGGAUAAGGACUUCCCAAAGGUGAUAAACGCUAGACGUGAGAGAAACUCGGAUUGGAAACCGGACUGGAUUCAGGCGUACUGUGGUGUUACGAAAUUGUUUUGAUGAACAUUGAUCAGUUAGCGUACAAACUCUUAAUGAAUUCAAAACUAAACAAAAAUAUG